UAACAUCCACCGAUAAAUAAGCUCUGCCUUCUUUUCUCUAGAUUGGAGUGAGGUGCUUUUGCCAAAAUCUUGACGUGCAUGAUGAUGAACGUUGCAUUUUGUCUUCAUCAUCAGCCUAAAGGUUGUAUUCCAAGUGAGAAUAUUGUGAAGAAAGUCGUGAAGGUGACGCCUCCAGGGCCAAGGAAGAAAUUGCAACUAGCCGUGACUGAACCUGGCUUGACAAAUGGCCUUUCUUCACUUGAUUAUAUAUUGGAUAAUUAUUUAAAGACACUUACACAGAGAGUCAAAUAUCAUCUUGGUUUUCCAGAGAACAUAUGUUAUGAUCACCACGGCGCUUUAGCUCCGCUUUUGCAAUUUCACUUGAAUAAUUGUGGUGAUCCUUUCACGGAGAACCCUGUGGAUUUUCAUUCAAAAGAUUUCGAAGUGGCUGUUUUGGAUUGGUUUGCCAAAUUAUGGGAAAUUGAAAAGGAUGAAUAUUGGGGUUAUGUUACUCAUGGUGGCACAGAAAGCAAUCUCCAUGGUAUUUUGGUAGGGAGAGAGUUACUUCCUAGUGGGAUCUUAUAUGCAUCAAAAGACUUUCACUAUUCAGUCUUUAAAGCUGCAAGAUUAUAUAGAAUAAAUAUGGAAAUGAUCAAUACAUCAAUAAAUGGAGAGAUGGAUUAUUCCAAUCUGAGAGCAAAAUUGCUUCAUAACAAGGACAAGCCAGCAAUUAUAAAUAUUAAUAUUGGAACUACAUUCAAAGGCGCGGUUGAUGACAUUGAUGUUAUUCUUCAAACACUUCAAGAUUGUGGUUAUUCCCACGAUAAGUUUUAUAUCCAUUGUGAUGCAGCACUCAAUGGACUUAUCGUCCCUUUCAUAAAGAAUCAGGUGAUUAGCUUUAAGAAGCCAAUUGGGAGUGUCACAAUUUCGGGUCACAAGUUCUUGGGAUGUCCAAUUCCUUGUGGCGUUCAAAUAACAAGAAAAAGUCAUAUCGCCUAUCUCUCGAGAAAAGUGGAAUACAUUGCUUCUAUGGAUGCCACAAUUUCUGCGAGUAGAAAUGGAUUAACUCCAAUUUUAUUGUGGUACAGUUUAAGCUCUAAAGGUCAAAUUGGGCUACAACAAGAUGUUAAGAGAUGCCUCAACAAUGCUAGAUAUUUGAAAGAUCUUCUUCAACAAGCAAAAGUCAGUGUCAUGCUUAAUGAGUUGAGCACCAUAAUUGUACUUGAGAGGCCUCAUGACCAUCAAUUUACUCGUCAUUGGCAACUCUCUUGCGUGAGGAAUAUUGCACAUGUUAUCGUUAUGCCAAGUAUCACCAGAGAAAUAUUAGACGAUUUCUUUAUUGAUUUAGUGCAACAAAGAAAAAUAUGGUAUCAAGAUGGGAGCAUUAAGCCUCCUUGUGUUGCAGAUGAUAUUGGUGCUCAAAAUUGUGCAUGUGCUAUUCAUAAUGGUCAGUAUUUGUUCGUUUAAGGAAAUGAACACCCUACCAUCUAGAUGAUGAAAUUUCAACGUCAACUUGGUACAAUUGGAUGGAAUUGUAGGUUCUUCCAUGUUUUUGUUGUAUCUUUUUUCUUUUUCUUUUUCUUUUUCUUUUUCUUUUUUUGUCUAUGCCACUUUCAUUGUGAUUUGAAACUAGUUAAGUGGGUUGUAUGACGUACAUUAUGUAGAUUGUCUAGUUAAUUGAUGAAUAAAUUAUGGACUUCAUAUUAAGUUGUGUUGUCUUUAGGUAAUAAACAAAAAGUGAGAC